CGAUAACAUGCAACGUAAAUUCAAUUACAAAGAAGAAAAUAUUUUUCUUAGGCUUUUAUCAUAUAGGUUAGAUUUUUAAUCAAGAAACAUUUUGUUCAAAAUUUAACUGAGUAUGGAAGAAAAAAAAAAAAAGAAAAACAAAAAGAAAUCGAUGAACCCACAAGAAAUAGUUUGUGUUCCUUUUUGUCAAUACAUGUUCCUCUCCAAAUUCUCUUUUUCAUAUAUCCUUAUUUUAAAUAUCGAAAAGCUUAUGUAUAAAAUUUGAAUAAAAUGAUUUUAUUGACCAAACCAGAACUUAUAUAUUUGGAUAAAACUAAACUUCAUAUAUCAAGAAGACCAAGAUUUUUAACCUGGCUUAUAUUUGGUUUAUAUACAAUUCUUUUCAUCUGGAUAUGUUAUCGCGUGACAAAUAAUAUUUUUUUUCUAAUCAUUUCAAUUCUGGGAGAGAUUACGUUUUGUUUGGACGCUUUAGGGGAAUGGGAAGAUUUAAUUCUAAAUAAAGAAACGAAUGAGGCCAUUAUAUCAAGAUAUACUUGGAGCGACAAGUUAUGUUAUAAAUUUUUAAAUAAACAAUCCAUUCUGAUGGAAUUAGAUGAUAUAAGAUACGUUGGAGUAUCUACAGAGUUAGGCCUCUUUAUUGUUCAUAAAAGUGGAAAAACUAUUUCUAUUAAUAUGAAUGGCUUAACACGUAAAGAAAUACAAAUUUUAAGAAAAGAAAUCAAUUAUUUUUUGAACAUGAGUCGUAUUCAAUGUUUAGAUUGUUUUCCAAGUGAUCUAUACGACCAGCUCGUUGUUGUUUCAGAUUUAGGAAAGGAAUGUUUUAAGAGAUUGCCUAAAAAGUAUAAAUCUACCUCUAUAUCUAAAGAAAUGUUAUAUUCUACCAAUGAAAUGAAUGAUUUUAAACAUUCGUUACAACAACAUCUUAGUUCACCAUUAUUAGGAUCUGAAAAGAUUGUUAAGAUUUGUCAAGAAAAGCAUUUAAGAAAAGGACCAUAUACUGCAAAUACUGCGUCUUUUACUUAUUCUAAAUAUAUGAAACCUACUUCUGUACGUUCUUACGAACAUGAUACUAAUCUAAAGAUUUGUUAAAAAGAAGUCCUACAUUCAU